AUUUCAGGACCUCCACUGCCUUGGAUCAUUCACUCACCUCACCUUCACUCGGACAUAAUCCAAGCGAGGAGUUUUCACCUCGGUCUUCUAUACGACCCACCAGGAAUUUGCCAUCACCGCCUUGCUGAGAUACUUAAGCAUUUCGGCUUCGGUCAACCACCUAACAACUUAUUUCUUCCACUAGCCAAACCAAACCACCACGACCUUCCUCGGCGACAUAAUUCGUUGACCCAAUCACCAAGACCUUUCCUCACAUUUCUCCGCUUCUUUACCACAUAAUUCAAAAUGGUCGCCAUCGCUCGUUCAGCCGUGCGGGCAACCAUGCGCCUGGCAACCCGCCCUGUUGCCCGCAACGCAGUUCCUGCUUUCACACAGCGCGCCACUUUCUCCGCAUCUUCCUCAUGGCUCAAAUCAGAAGUCAUCAAGGAAACCGAAGUGCCUGUGUCGGUCUACAGCCCGGAUUCAAAGGGAGUCGCCUCGGCUAACUCGGAUCACUUCAGCAUCCCUGUGCGCCAUACCUCUCAGGGCCAAGGACCUGUAGCCGACACAGAUGUGGUUAAACCCCUUACUGAGAAGGUCUUCUCUCAGAUGCCUGCCACGAUGCAGAGGAUGAGUGUCAUGGGCAAGGUCAUCAUUGUCACUGGUGGCGCUCGCGGUCUUGGACACUACAUGGCUUCUGCAUGUGCUGAGGCUGGUGCAAAGGCCAUUGUCAUCUUUGAUGCCAACCAGGAACUCGGCGAUGAAGCUGCAAGUGAACUGCACCACAAGUCUGGCCUUCCUGUCAGCUUCUUCAAGGUCGAUGUCCGUGACGGAAAUGCCAUCAAUGCCGCAGUGCAGAACGUUGUGGACCUCUAUGGGGCUCCAGAUGUCCUGGUUAACUCUGCUGGUAUCGCCGAUUCCAACAUCCCUGCUGAGAAGUACGACCCAGCAAUGUUCCGCCGCCUGAUCGACAUCAACCUGACCGGCUCCUUCCUCAUGGCCCAGGCUGUUGGCCGUUCCAUGAUGGAGGCUGGCAAGCCUGGCUCCAUCAUCCUCGUGGCCUCCAUGUCCGGCAGCAUCGUCAAUUACCCCCAGGAGCAGAGCUGCUACAACGCCUCCAAGGCUGGCGUGAUCCAGUUUGGAAAGUCCCUCGCAGCUGAGUGGGCCAAGUACAACAUCCGCGUCAACUGCAUCUCCCCGGGCUACAUGGACACUGCCUUGAACAAGGUCCCGGCCUUGGAUGCCCAGAAGAAGAUCUGGAAGAGCCUCACCCCCCAGGCCCGCCUCGGCGACGUCGACGAACUCAAUGGCCUCUGUGUCUUCCUGGCCUCCGACGCUUCCUCCUACAUGACCGGCUCCAAUGUCAUCAUUGAUGGAGGCUACUCCCUCUACUAAUGUUGCUUGGUUUCGGGUCUCGACUCGUAAGAGUCUCCAGAAAGUGGUGCUUUAGCUUGAUACCCAUUGGAUCUCCAUAAGUCGCUGGUGUUGGCAACUCACCAGAUAUACACUGCGGAUAUACUAUGGAUCGGCCUAUCCCGGCAUUCAAAUUCCCUUCUGUCUUUUACCCCCAUUUUCUCGUCGACAGCUUGUCUGGCCGGUCUGGUCUCUGGUCUGGUCUUGUUUGGCAUGGCAUGGCUUGCGUUUUUCUUCUUCUUU